AUGUCCUAUCCUUUACAUUUCUUGAACGGGUCUGGAGUUGGCAAUGGAUCUUUGUCGCCUCUCUCAGUAACAGCAGAGCCCAAGCAGAACUACCCAAGUGACGAACAAGGAAACAAAGUGCGUUGGGCAGCUUUACUGAUCAUCCUGGUGAUAAUCCCCACCAUUGGGGGGAACAUACUUGUCAUACUGGCAGUGUCUCUGGAGAAAAAGUUGCAAUAUGCUACCAACUACUUUUUGACGUCCUUGGCGGUGGCAGAUUUGCUCGUGGGUCUGUUUGUGAUGCCGAUUGCCCUUCUCAUAAUAUUAUUUGACAAUGCCUGGCCUUUCCCAACUGCCUUGUGUCCUAUCUGGCUGUUCCUUGACGUCCUCUUUUCCACAGCUUCCAUCAUGCACCUCUGUGCCAUCUCACUAGACCGCUAUAUUGCAAUUAAAAAGCCAAUCCAGGCUAGUCAGUACAAUUCAUGGGCUACAACAAUCAUCAAAAUCAUCGUGGUUUGGCUCAUUUCAAUAGGCAUUGCUAUUCCGAUUCCUAUCAGAGGCAUUGAAGAUGGAAACGGCAACUCUACAAACAUCACGUGUGUCCUGAUGCCUGAUCGAUUUCAUGAUUUCAUUCUGUACGGAUCCGUGGCUGCAUUCUUCAUUCCCCUCACUAUCAUGAUAGUCACUUAUUUUUUGACAAUCCAAGUGCUACGCAAGAAGGCCUACUUGAUCAACAAGCCACCACAGCGUUUCACUUGGUCAACAGUGUCCACAGUAUUUCAGCGUGACACAACACCUGCCUCCUCACCAGAAAAGGUGGCCAUGCUAAAUGGCUCCAGAAAGGACAAGACUUUGUCCAGUGACAUGCCUAUCAGCAGAACAUCUACAAUUGGGAGGAAGUCCAUGCAAACGAUAACCAACGAACAAAGGGCGUCAAAAGUCCUGGGGAUUGUAUUUUUUCUUUUCUUGUUGAUGUGGUGCCCAUUCUUCAUAACAAACAUAAGUUCAGUUCUGUGCAACUCCUGCAACCAGGAAGUUUUUCAAAAGCUUAUGGAGAUAUUUGUUUGGAUAGGAUAUGUAUCCUCAGGAGUGAACCCUCUUGUCUAUACACUCUUCAACAAAACAUUUAGGGAGGCUUUCAGCAGGUAUAUCACUUGCAACUAUCGGACCACAAAGCCUAUGAAGGCCCUUCGGAAGCGCUCCAGCAGGAUCUCUUUCAGAAGCUCUGUGGCAGAAAAUUCCAAGCUUUUUGUCAUGCACGGGAUGAGAAAUGGAAUUAACCCCAUUAUGUACCAGAGCCCAAUGAGGCUGAGGAGCUCACCUAUCCAAGCCUCAUCGGCCAUUCUGCUGGAUACAUUGCUGCUCACAGAGAAUGAAGUUGAUAAAACAGAAGAACAAGUCAGCUACGUAUAGCGGAAUGGCAGCCAUGUCCAUAUCAUAGUAUUACUGUCUGUAUUAUCCUAGGUAACUGUGCUGUAAGAGGGUAUAAAUACUAUUGUUUUAUGUUAUUUAUGCAAGCAAUAUCUUAUAAAUUUAUAUUAAUUCCUCUCCUCCAAAGUCUCCUCUAACCCCAACCCCAUGAUGGCAGCAAUCACAAUUUCAUUCCAAGAUAAAUGACUGACACAGAACUGUAGCCUACAGGAAGAGGGAAAUAAAUAAACGC